AUGACAUCAUCAAUAGUUAAUAGAUUGGAAUGGUCAACUGUCAUCUUAAAUCGAUGGGUAGCUCCUAUAAUAUUCUUAAUUGGUUUCAUAGGAAAUUUCUUUAAUCUAAUGAUAUUUACACGUAAAGAUUUUUUUAAAAAAUCAAUUUCCCAAUAUUUUCUGGCAGUAUCAAUAAAUAAUAUAACUAUGUUUUUUAUUGGUCUUUCAACUCGAAUAAUAGAGAGUGGUUUUCAAAUAAGUAUUUUUGGUGGUGAUUCAAAUGUAUAUUGUAAAAUUCGAACUUAUUUUGUUUAUACUGCAUUUGCAAUAUCAAAUUGGUUUCUUGUUUUUGCAUCACUUGAUCGAUUUUAUUCAACAAAUCAAUCAGCAAUCAAACGUCAACGUUUUUGUUCAAAUCGAAUGGCCUUUAAACUCAUUUGUUUAAUAGUAAUUGGAUGUAUUUUAACGCAUAUACAUAUUAUUAUUUAUUACAAAUACAUAUACUAUGAAAAUCUAAACAAUCAAUCAAUAUUAAUAUGUACAUCAAAUAAUGGAAUGUAUACCAUGUUUUUUUCUUUUUUUAUAUUAAUUUUUUAUAGUUUAUUACCUCCAAUAUUAAUGUUAUUAAUAGGUCUUUUAACAAUAAAUAAUGUUCGAAAAUUUCGUCAACGAAUAAAUCCAAGUCGAAUUCAAACAUUAUUAACACGAGAUGCACAUCAAUUAAUUAAAACUCUUUCCGUACAAAUAACUCUUCUUAUCAUAUUGACAACUCCACAUUCAUGUUAUUGGCUUUAUAUGGGAUUUACAUCAGAACAAAAUUCAAUUAAAACAACUCUUAUAUUAGAAUAUGAAAAAUUUAUUUUAAAUAUUGUUCGAUUGAUACUUUAUAUGAAUUAUGGAAGUGGAUUUUAUAUACAAAUUAGUAUUUCGAAAAAAUUUAGAUGUGAAUUUAUUCAAAUAAUUAAAAACAUGAAAAGAUAUUUUAGAAAUUUUUAUUAA